CCUACCGAAUUCGAGCUGCGUCAUCGGAAUGCCCAGUUCGCUGAAAAGGCUCGCGCCGGGAAGAAGCCUACAAAGCCAUCUCGCCAAGAGCUACUCGCUAAGAGAAGCCCGCUGAGUUUGUGGGCUCUGGGUGUGAUUUUGUUUGUUGUGAUAGGAGGA